AAAGGACCAGGGUUGUGAAAGAGAGAAAAAAGCAAGCAGGGCAGGAAGCGGCAUCUCCGAGCCAGGGUGGCCAGGAAUGAGAUGAGAAUUAAAUAAACCUAAGGAAAAAUCCAGAGAGAUGUUUCAGGCUAAAAUGUCCACCACAGCGGCCACAGGCCAUGAUUCUGCCUGCAGUCAAGGAGCCAGCGUUGUACAAAGAUCAAAGUCUUUUAGUAUGAAGCCUGCAGUGAAAGAACUGUGCUCUUCCUGCCAGACAACAGUCUACCCCAUGGAGAGGUUGGUCGCCGACAAACAGAUCUUCCACAACCGAUGCUUUUGCUGUAAGCACUGCAGUACCAAACUAAGCCUGGGCACUUAUGCAGCUCUACAUGGAGAAUUUUACUGUAAGCCUCACUUCCAGCAACUUUUCAAAAGCAAAGGGAACUAUGAUGAAGGCUUUGGACGUCGACCUCAUAAGGAUCUGUGGACCCACAAAGAACAGGAAGCUCCUGGCGACAAGGCGCCUUGAGGGUGCUAAAUAUUCAUCUCGCUAGGGGCUUAGCUUUUUUAUUCUUAAUGCACUUGGAUGGAGUCUUGAUGUGCCUCAGUGGGUGGGUUCCAAUGCAGAUAAAGGCACUUUCUAUGUGAUUGCAUUGCGCACUUAGUCCCUCCUAGUGGUGGGAGUGUUUAAGUGCAAAAUCUCGAAGACACCUGGGCCAUGAAUAUUUUGGCCUUGCUUCAUCUCAUGGAGUAGACAUGUUGUCCCUUUAAAUUCUAGGUCCCGGUGGCUUCUUGAAUUUGUCUGGUGGAAGGUGGGUGAAGGAGGGCAUGCAAAUUGUUAUUAAUAACAUUAUCCACAGCAGCAAGUAGUAAAUUAUCGCAUGGGCAUGUUUCGGUGGUUAGGAGACAUCCGGCAACUGCUGCUGCCUUUUUAAUUUACAGAUCUCAGGGGGAGAGCUGGGGGCUAAGCUGUAUCCAUUGCGUAGCAAGACCAUUCAUUCCCAGGGAUCCAGCUUUCCUAGGAUAGGCUGGUAUAAAGACUUGGCAUUGCCAGUAAUAGGGGCACAUGUGUUGACAGCUUUGCCCUCUUUUUCUGCUUGGCAACCUCAGGGGAUAUGCUACCAAUGUCAGAGUGGCGCCCGGUGACCCCUAUCAUUCACCUUCCUCCAGUCUUUUUAAAAAGAAGAAACAAAACUUCACCACUUUCUCUCUUUAUGCUGGAAAGAGAACCUGCAACAUUCCUUAACUCUUUCACUGCCAGCCGAGGACGACUGUCGGGUGAAGAGUUACCAGUACUCUGCACUGGGAUUGGGUUUUGUUUACAGACUGUUUUUAAAAUAUCCCUGAGCCUUGAUUGUACAAUAAAAGCCUCUGUAGGAUCUCUCGCA